AAGAACAACAAAUAGAAAAAGAAAAAGCGUAGAAGUGAAAACAGCUGUGAAUACACAAACGAAUUGUUUGGCAAAUAUUUGUUAGGCAAUUAAUAGAAACCACGGCCGCGUGUGUCUCGGCAGUGCUCCAACUAUCUAAUAUUAUAAAUAAAUUAUAUAGAACAUAUCAAGUUUUGUGUCUUCAUCAUGUCCGAAUUUGUGCGGGAACAUGGCGAAUAUGUUUGGGUUAAGCCACAGAACACAAACUGCGAAUUUGCAGUUCCAUUCGGGGCACGAAUUGUGCGCACGGAGAAGACGCAGACUCUCGUCUGCGAUGAUGACAAGAAACAGUUCUGGGUCCCAGCCGGAGAUGUGCUCAAGGCGAUGCACGUCACCUCGCAGGAGGAUGUCGACGACAUGAUAACCCUCGGCGAUCUGCAGGAGUACACAAUCCUACGCAAUCUGAAGACACGCUAUGCCAAGCAACUAAUCUACACCUAUACGGGCUCCAUGCUGGUGGCCAUCAAUCCCUACCAGAUCCUGCCCAUCUACACGCAUCGCGAGAUCCAAUUAUAUCGCGAUAAGAAACUCAGUGAUUUGCCUCCACACAUAUUUGCGAUCAGUGACAAUGCCUUCCAGCGACUGCAGCGCCACAAGGAGAACCAAUGCGUUGUGAUUAGCGGCGAAUCCGGUGCAGGAAAAACAGAGAGCACCAAAUUGAUACUCCAAUAUCUGGCUGCAAUAAGUGGCAAGCAUUCGUGGAUCGAGCAGCAAAUCAUCGAGGCAAAUCCCAUAAUGGAGGCCUUUGGCAAUGCAAAGACCGUGCGCAAUGAUAACUCCUCCCGAUUUGGCAAAUAUAUAGACAUAAGAUUCACGCCGCAGGGUGCAAUCCAAGGUGCUCGCAUCCAGCAAUAUUUGCUUGAGAAAUCCCGCAUCGUCUUCCAGAGUCGUGAGGAGCGCAAUUAUCACAUUUUCUAUUGCAUGUUGGCCGGGCUGAGUACAGCGGAAAGGGAACGCUUACAGCUAUUGGAGUCAUCAGCCAGUCAAUAUAAUUAUUUAGCACAAGGCGGCUGUUUUUCACUGGCCGGCAAAGAGGAUGCCAAUGAUUUUGCUGACAUACGCGCUGCCAUGAAAGUGUUGUCCUUUAAACCGGAUGAGGUUUGGUGCAUCUUCAGUUUGUUGGCUGCCAUUUUGCAUUUGGGCAAUUUGCGUUUCAAGGCCAUUGAGGUGGCUAAUCUUGAGGCAGCUGAGGUCGAUGAUCCUCUCAACUUGCAACGUGCUGCACAAUUGUUGGGUUUGGAUACGGCUCCAUUGAAUACGGCGCUGACACAACGCACCAUUUUUGUGCAUGGCGAGCAUGUGGUGACCAGUCUGUCCAAGGAGGCGGCAUUGGAGGGACGCGAUGCCUUCGUCAAGUCCUUGUACGAUGGCAUCUUUGUACGCAUUGUGCGCAGAAUUAAUGAGACCAUCAACAUUCAGCCAAAGGAGUCGGUAAAUAGCAUUGGUGUCUUGGACAUCUUUGGAUUUGAGAAUUUCGACAACAACAGUUUCGAGCAGCUGUGCAUCAACUAUGCCAACGAGAAGCUACAACAGUUCUUUGUGGGGCACAUCUUCAAGAUGGAGCAGGCCGAGUAUCAGCUGGAGCACAUCAAUUGGCAGCAUAUCGAGUUUCAGGAUAAUCAGGAUAUACUCGAUCUGAUCGGCAUGAAGCCAGUGAAUAUUAUGUCGCUCAUCGAUGAGGAGUCCAAAUUUCCCAAGGGCACAGAUAAUACACUGCUCGAAAAAUUGCACGUUCAGCACGGUAAUCGUUCCAUUUACGUCAAGGGAAAAACCACGCAAACUUCCCUCUUUGGCAUUCGUCAUUAUGCCGGUGUAGUUAUGUACAAUCCCUUGGGCUUUCUCGAGAAGAAUCGGGAUUCUUUUAGCGGCGAUCUACGUUCUCUUGUCCAGAGGUCGAGCAACAAAUAUCUGGUCGAUUUGUGUCCCAACGAAAUUACCAUGGAUACGGCGAAGAAACAGCCAACUCUCUGCGUCAAGUUCCGCAAUUCCUUGGAUAUGCUGAUGCGGACCCUGUCCCAGGCACAUCCUUACUUUAUACGCUGCAUCAAGCCCAAUGAGUACAAGGAAUCUAAUAACUUUGACAAGGAGCUGUGUGUUCGCCAGUUGCGCUACUCGGGCAUGAUGGAGACGGCUCGAAUACGUCGUGCUGGGUAUCCCAUCCGGCACGCCUAUCGCGCCUUCGUGGAGCGUUAUCGAUUGUUGGUGCCAAAGACGGGUCCACUGGAUAAAUGCGAUUGCCGCCAAUUGGCGCGACAGAUUUGUGAAGCAACUUUGCCGGUGGAUUCAAAUCGUCAAUUUGGAAAAACGAAACUGUUUCUACGGGAUGACGACGAUGUGCUGCUGGAGACGGAACGCUCUCGCCGCAUGCUCCAGUGCAUUGUGACCAUUCAGCGGGGGUUCCGGCGGGUGCUCUUCCGUCGCUAUCUGCAAAAGUAUCGCCAGGCCAUUGUCACCGUGCAGCGUCAUUGGCGUGGUCGUGUCCAGCGUCGCAGAUAUGAGAUUAUGCGAAAUGGCUUCCAUCGCCUGGGCGCCUGUUUGAUGGCUCAGCAGUUGACCACCAAGUUUACCAUGGUGCGCAGUCGAAGCAUUAAACUGCAGGCACUAUGCCGUGGGUAUUUGGCGAGGAAAAGAUUUGCUUUGGAGUUGCAGCAGAAGAGAUUAAGGGAGAAGCAACUGAAGGUGUUAAGGCAGCAGGAGCAGGCGGAGAAGCAGCUGCAAAUGAAGCUGUUAAGGGAGCAGCACUUGAAACAGCAGGCGGAGCAGGACCAGCUGCGUCUCAAGCAGCAGGAGCAGCAGCGUCUCAGGCAGCAGCAAGCUGAGCAGGAGCAACUGCGUCCCCAGGCGGAGGCUGCUGCACGCAAUGCUCUAGCCAUGGCUGCUGUGCAGCAGCCCAAACGCACAAAAUCCCUGAAACGCGCGGAGCAGCCACAGGUGGUGAUAAGAGCAGCGCCAGUGUUACCUGCACCCACGUUGCAGGCACGCAUGUCGCUGCCACCGCCACCGCCCAUGUCCCCCAUUAUUACCACUCCUCUGAAUAGCGCCGGCUACAUUGAUGUGGAGUCCUCUAAGCAGAUGGUGGACGAUGUUUUCGGUUUUCUCAACGAUGAGCCUGAUCUUUCUCUGAAGAAGAGCAACAGCAUUAGUUCCGGCGGCACAAUUCGUUUGCCCAAAACCAUACCCAACAAUGUGGACACCUCGGAUUUCAGCUUCCAGAAAUAUGCCUCGACAUAUUUUCACAGCGGCAUCAAUUCUCAGCAUGAGAGAAAACCUCUAAAACAGACUCUCUUGAAACACGAACUUCCCGUCGAUCAAAUGGCUGGCAAGGCCAUUUGGUUGUUGACUCUACGCUUUAUGGGCGAUCUGCCCGAGGCUGCUCCCACUCCGACAAACCACUCUCUGCGCUACCCGGAGCUGAUGCAGGAUCUGGCUAAAAUUCUUGGCUCCAAGCCACGGCGUUUUAUCCGUCAGACCAUCAAACGGCAGUCGAAGCUGAUUGGCAAUGGUCAAAGGGAGGCCGAGGAGUUCUAUCAACUCUGGCUCAAUGCUGGCAGCAGUCAUCUGGAUAAGCUCCAUUUCAUAAUCGGACAUGGCAUAUUGAAGGAGGGCUUACGGGACGAAAUCCUGGCCCAGAUCUGCAAGCAGCUGUACCUGAAUCCUAGUCGGAGUUCCUCAUCCCGCGGCUGGCUGCUGCUCUCGCUUUGCCUGACCUGUUUUCCGCCUAGCUCCAAUUUCGAGCCAUAUUUGCGCAGCUAUAUGAAAAUGGGCACCGCCAAGUUGCAGGCAUCAUCCUCGUUGCAACAUCUGGAGCGCACUCUCGCGAAUGGGGCACGUUCCCAGCCACCAUCCCUGCUGGAGCUCCAAGCGAUUCGCAGUCGCCAGCCGCUGAAGCUAGCGAUUCAUUUGAUGGAUGGACAGGUGCUGAAGUUGCAAGUGGAUGCAGCCAGCACGGCUCGCGAGGCAGUGCAGCAAUUGUGUGAUAGACUCCAACUAGUGGAUAGCUUCGGCUUUGGCUUGGUGCUGGCACUGCACGAGAAACUGUUGCCACUGGGAGCAGGACGCGAACAUGUCCUCGAUGCCAUUUCCAGCUGCGAGCAACGCCAGCUGCCAGAUGCAAAUUGGAAGCUGUAUUUGCGCAAGGAACUAUUUUCUGCUUGGUAUGAUCCAGCUCAGGAUGCUCAUGCGACGCAGCUCAUCUACAAGCAGAUCAUAGUUGGACUGAAGUGUGGCGAGUAUCGUUGUCGCUCCGAGAAGGAUAUUGCAAUGGUUUGUGCACUGGCCACCUACAUUGAAUUUGGAGGUGCUAACGUGGCCAGUUUAACAAGUAAGGAAUUGACGGCAUUUGUGCCACGCGAUUUGCUGGCGCCGGGUGAAAGAGCGGUAAAUAAUUGGAGUCGCCUCAUUGCUGCAACAUAUGAGAAAAGUGCGUAUGUCAGAGGGGGUCAGGAUGUGGCAUCGCAACAGCGUGCAAAGGAGGAUAUUUGUCUGUUUGCCCACCUCUCGUGGCCAAUGCGGCACUGUCGGCUGUACGAGGUUGUCCGGCUGUCUGGGCCGCAAUUGCAAUCCGAUGACCUCAUGUUGGCUAUAAAUGCUGUAGGUCUUUCACUUAUUGAUGAAACCGAGCAAGUGCUCGCCUCCUGCAGCUAUGCGGAGCUGCUGGAGAUCCAUUUUCAUGGUAAGGAUGAGUUACAUUUGCUCACCGCUCAACAGGAGAAUUUUGUGCUGCAGUCCAGCGAGGCGCGAGAUGCUGCAGAAUUAAUUGAUUUUAUGCUGAGCAAUCUAAAGCAACGCUCCAGCUACGGUAUAGCCAUUGAAAACAGCCAGAAGCAGCAGCAACAGGAUGAGGAUGAGCAGCAGGAGCAACUGCUUUUCAAAGCUGGCGAUCUUGUUGAGUUCGAGGCUGGAGUCUCGGGUGCCCAGAUCCAAGGAGAUAAUGCCCAACUACUCUGGCGGGGUUGUGUCAAUGGCAAAUGGGGCCAAUUUGCAGCCAGCCAAGUGCGCAUAUUGGCUACACUCACCAAGCCGAGAUUACAGCUGCUGCAGAUAUUCAAGGAUCAGGGCCAGUUGGAGCAGCAACCAAGUGCAGUAAACUCAGCGACUGCUGAGCCACAGCGACGACAACAGCACAGCUUGGCCCAGUUUGCUGAGCUGCAGUUCAGGGAACUCUUGGAGUCCGAGCAGUCACCUCUUUGGCGCUAUUCCGCGGAACCAUUGAAGGCACCGUUGCUUAGAAGUCUGCACUCCAAGCCACAGCUCUAUCAACAGGCACUCGUCAUCUAUCAUCACAUACUCAAGUACAUGGGCGAUAUAGCACGCGGUAAUCUGCCGGUGAACACGGAUCUGAUCUUCCAGCCGGCACUACAGCAUUCGUUGCUCUGCGACGAGGUCUUCUGUCAGCUGAUGAAACAGCUGAGUCGGAAUCCGCUGGCGGCGAGCGAACAACGUGGCUGGGAUUUGCUGUAUCUGGCCACCGGAAUCAUGGUGCCCACCGUGUGCAUAAUGCGUGAACUAAUCCUAUUCCUGCGCCAGCGACCUGAUGCACUCGCCGAUGCCUGCCUGCGACGUUUGAAACACACUGUGCAACAUGGGCAGCGGAAGCAGGCGCCGCACCAGAUCGAAGUGGAGGGCAUACAGCAGCGCUGCCUGCACAUCUAUCACAAGAUCUAUUUCCCCGACGACACAGUGGAGGCCUUUGAAAUCGAAUCGCAUACACGGGGCGCAGAGUUAAUCGCAGAGAUAGCAAAUCGCUUGGAGUUGAAGUCACAGCUGGGCUUCAGCAUCUUUAUGAAGAUUGGCGAGAAGGUGUACGCCAUGCCCGAGACGGACUUUGUGUUUGAUUUCAUUACACAUCUCUUGCAUUAUUUGCGCCAGCAGAAGACAAUCCGUUCCAGCUGCGAUGAAAACUAUCACUAUCAGUUACACUUUAUGCGCAAACUGUGGUUAGAUUGCCAGCCGGGCAACGAUCCCAAUGCAGAUGUGAUUUUUAACUAUCCGCAGGAGUUGCACAAAUAUCUCAAAGGCUAUUAUGCCAUUGACUUGGAACUGGCUCUCCAGCUGGUUCGACUAAUCUACAAGGCGUCUCAUGAGCAGGGCGAAGGCUGUUUGCUGCACGAGCUGCUGCCACGUCUGAUUCCAGAGGAUUUGCUGCCACUGCAAACGCUGGCCGAGUGGCAUCAACAAUUGUUGCCCCUUCUCAAUCAAGAUGUUGGCCUCGAUGAGGAUCAAGUCAAGUUGAGAUUUCUUCAGUUGUUGGCUCAGCAAACGGGUUUUGGUUCCACCUUCUUUUCCGUCAAGCAACUGAAUGACGUUUCCCUGCCCGAGAAUCUAUUGAUUGCCAUCAAUUCCACCGGUUUCCAUCUGCUCGAUGGAAAUACAAAGCAACUGCUACGCAGCAAUAGCUACACAGAACUGGGCAUUUGGAGCUCGGGGAAGAAUCAUUUUCAUAUACGUUUUGGGAAUAUGAUUGGUGCCUCGAAGUUGCUCUGCAGCACAACACAAGGCUACAAAAUGGAUGAUCUGCUCACAUCCUACAUGAAAUACUUUAAUAAUCAUCAAUUGAAAUAGAAAUAAAAACAAAUUGCAUUAGAUUUAUACCAA